CUUAAUAUUUUCGAUGCUGAGCAUUGAUAUUUUCUGAGAUCUCUUCUCAAACUCGCCUACGGAAUAUGGGGAGGGUAUCGGACUAUGUGUCCCGGAAAUCGGGUUCGUUCCCCAGCUUCAUGGCUCGAAAAAGCGAGGCCUACCUACCAAUAUCGACGAAGCCACAGUCUAAAUUCAGGGUCAAAGCUUUACUCGGUAAUUGUCUCUACCGAAGAGUAGUUAUAUGGACUUUCCUCGUCAUUUCCCUGAUAUCAUACACCCUCUUUAACCCUGGACUAGCUGGAAGGCCACGGGAUGUACUUGAUCUAGAAAAGGAAAAGGAAGAGGAAACCGAAGAGAACGCCAAUAGUCCGCACUGGCUCAGAUACAAACAUCUCGACGGCUAUUACAAUGGUCUGAGGUCGCUUGUGUCAUUCUCGGACUACAAGCCAGAGUAUCCUGAAGUAUCGUCUACAGGCAGAGGAUCUGAACCUUCGCCCACUGUUCACCAUUCUAAGCAACCCAAGCCUAGUGUAUAUCGCCCUCAUCCAGAUUAUGAUUCCGACGAGUAUCAGAAGACAUAUGUCCCUGUGAAGCGAUGUUACAUCGACGAGGAUGAUCAGGUUCCCGCUCCAGACUUAUACGCAUACAGCGGUGUCCCUCAAGGUCAACCUAAAGCAGCUCUCGGAUCUUAUGAUCUCCUAGGUUUGCGAGAAGAUGUCUGCUUCGAUCGCUUUGGUCGAUACGGGCCGUAUGGCCUUGGAUAUGACUUGGAGGCUGGUGGGACGGGUGAAGCCCUCGACACCGAGCACGAAGGUAGCGAGGCAGUCUGGGAGAAGACUGGACAGAUCAACUAUGAAGGUGUCGAUUGGGGCUCAGCACAAGAGCGUUGCUACGCGGCGAAUAAGGACAGAUUUUUCACUGGUAACGAAACUAGAGAUUUCGAACUGGCUCAAGCUGGGCGUAAGAGACUCGAUCGCAUUGCUAUAGUUGUGCGAACUUACGUCGGAUUCCAGUGGACAAGUCAUGCUUUACUCAAUUUCCGUGCCAUGAUCAAUGAGCUUAGUCUACGAUCUGGUGGCGAGUACGAUGUUCACUUUCUUUUACAUGUUCGCGACAACAAUGCACCUAUAUGGGCGGAUCCGAACACGGUUCAGAACAUCCUUGAUGUCAAUGUUCCUCCCGAAUUCCACGGACUCUGUACUCUUUGGUCUGAAGCUCAGAUGAAACUGUACUAUCCGGGUAACUUUGGCGAUACCUUCGAAAACCCAUCCAACGGUGAUAUUCAUGGGGUUUACCGAUCUGCACACAUGCCCCUUCAGCACUUUGCCAUGAUGCAUCCCGAGUAUGCGCACUUCUGGAACUGGGAGAUGGAUAUGCGCUGGACCGGGUCCUAUUACGAGUUAUUCGAUAGGCUUGGCAAGUGGGGUGCGGGCCAGAGCCGAGAAGGUAUGUGGGAGCGGGCAAGCAAGUAUUAUAUUCCUGGAUUGCACGGCAGCUGGGAGAACUUCACGGAGCUCGUCCGCCAUGAAACUAAGCAAUCUGGAAAGCGCCCGAUUUUGGGUCCGGUGGUUUUCACUGGCAAAUCUAGCCUCGAACAAGGAGAGGUAUUCCUACCAUCGAGCUGUUCGAGUGGAUCGGAUAUGUCACAAUGCGGAGUCGGCGAGGACGCGGACCUCAUCACGCUUAACCCACUUUUUGAUACUGACAACUCUGGUUGGGUGUUCGCCGGGGAUGUGACUGGCUACGACACGCAGUACGAAAAGCCUCCGCGAAGGUGCGCCAUUGUAACUGCUUCUCGAUUGUCGCGUCGUUUGUUGAGAGUGAUGCAUGAGGAAACAUGGCGUCUACACCAUAGUAUGUUUAGCGAGAUGUUCCCGCCUUCGAUGGCAUUGCACCAUGGUCUCAAAGCCGUAUAUGCUCCUCACCCGGUUUACUUGGACCGAAACUGGCCCCAGGAGGAAAUUGAAAAGGCUUUCAACGGUGGCCAAGACCACACUUCAGGCGGCCACGGCUCGCCAUUCGAUCUAACAAAUGAGCAUAACCAUAAGGGGACGAGCUGGUAUUACAAUAGUGAAUUCGCCGGUUUAUUAUGGCGUCGCUGGCUUGGUUAUGCUCAGAUGGAUGGCAGAGGCAAUAAUGGUGGUCGUGCCGGCGAAGGUACUAAGAGAGGCGGACGGAAGGAGGAAGAGAACCCAAAGAACUCUGGUCGACUAUGCCUACGGAGCAUGCUCGUACAUCCCAUCAAGUGGGAAAACCCUGCCGAGCAGGAGUAAAACUAAUAAUAAUGUGAGAGAGGCCCGGUUUCUUUUGUGCGAGUAGAGGAACUUGUCGAUGCACGACAACAGUCAACCGAACGGAAAUAUAGAAUGAGGCAACCGGAAUCAGGACAUCAGAGGAGCAAAGACCUACGAAGAACCAUUCAUCAUGCCUGGUACAGGGUACCACGAGCAACGGCAUUUUACGGGCGUUCGCAUAUGAGGAGUCCGGUUUUUCAAUUUCACUACUUCCAUCGUCAUUUAGUCGAUGUCACCAGGCUUCUUGCCCGAGAACAAAACUCGACCCCGUUUGAGCAAGACACCCGCCAUAUUGUUUUUUUGGGUUCGGCGCAUAGCCCAUUUUGUACAUUCAUACGACACUAGUGCCAAGCAUGGCCCAUUUGCGC